CACUGGGAAGCUGACCUCACCCUUCCCCGCACCUGCCUCGAGGAUAACCAGGACAUACACGAUGAAGGCUGUUCCAGACCGUUUGGGGAUCUUUUUCGGGAAUUGUUUUGCAUUACGCAUGCGAGAAUCAAUCAACUACAGUUCCCACUAGUUAUCGGCACUUCUACGGAAAUCUAUGACGCACAAGCAACUUUAAUAUUGAUAUUAUAUUUAUUUUGAAAUGUUUUCAUAAAACAUGCGGAUGGUAGGGUGUGAGCUGAGGUAACCUGGUAUCUUUGUCAAUUAAACAUUCCCAGCAGUUAUGGCACUUGUGUCUAAAUAUCGAACUAUACAUGCUGACUUAUCUGGAAGGCUUUCAUGUUAGCCUUUAUCUGAGAGGAUGCGGAGGAUCCUUCUCCCCGGGUCCUCGGUGUCCUCUCUGCCGCCGUAAUGGCUUGCCGGAGAGGCUGCUGCUUCGGCGCGAUGAACGAUGAUAACGCGCGGUUCCUAAUGCUAGCGGUGCUGAUCAUGCUGUAUCUGCUGUGCGGCGCGGCGGUGUUCUCCGCGUUGGAACAACCGAAGGAGCGGCAGGCCAAAGAGCUGUGGGCGCAGCGCUUCGAGAACUUCACCCAGAAGCACAACCUCACCCGGACCGAUUUGGAGACCUUUCUCCGGUUCUAUGAGGAGGCGAACGUCGCCGGUAUCCGCGUGGAUACACUCAGACCACGCUGGGAUUUUACCGGCGCUUUUUACUUCGUGGGGACCGUUGUGUCGACCAUAGGAUUUGGCAUGACCACCCCGGCCACGGUCAGCGGCAAAGUCUUCCUCAUCUUCUACGGCCUGAUCGGCUGCGCCUCUACCAUCCUCUUCUUCAACCUCUUCCUGGAGCGUAUCAUCACGGUGCUUGCCUUCGUCCUAAAGUCGUGCCACGGGCUGCAGCAUCAGCGCCAGGGCAUGGUGCCCCACGAUGGCAGCAGGGAGACGUCACUGCCAGGACCCAGAGAUAGAGACAGGGACAUUCUGGCUGGAUGGAAGCCUUCAGUGUACUAUGUGAUGCUGAUUCUCUGUGUGGCCGCUGUGGUGAUCUCCUGCUGUGCCUCGGCCAUGUACUCAGCGGUGGAGGGGUGGGGCUAUCUGGACUCGCUGUACUUCUGUUUUGUGGCGUUCAGCACCAUCGGGUUCGGGGACAUGGUGAGCAGCCAGAGGGUCGCGUACGAUGGGAACCAGACAGCCUACAGACUGGGGAACUUCCUGUUUAUAUUGAUGGGCGUCUGCUGUAUCUACUCGCUGUUCAACGUCAUAUCUAUCGUCAUCAAGCAGACUCUUAACUGGCUGCUGAGGAAGCUGGGCAUUCUCUGCUGCCGCUGCUGCUCCGCCGGGAUCGGGAAGAGACUCCGGCCUCGCCGGAACGCCGUGAUGCCCAGCAGCACUGGACACGGACACCCCCGGGCGCGGCGGACUGUCUCCAUAGAAACGGACGCGGUGAACGAGAGCGAGACGGAUGGAGGCCGGCGGUUGUCUGGGGAGAUGAUCUCCAUGAGGGACUUACUGGCGACCAAUAAGGUGAACCUGGCACUGAUGCAGAAGCAGCUGUCGGAGGCAGCAACCAAUGGGAUCCCUCGGCCGUCCGUUUCCAACCAAAACAGACUGAAUGGAUUUUCUGGAGGAGUGGGAGCGCUGGGCAUCAUGAACAACAGGCUGGCUGAGACCAGUGUCAACAGAUGACUAUUACAAUACUCAUCAUAAUAACUUUAUUUAUUUUCAGUACAAGUAACAAAGUGCUUCACAUCAUAAAAUAACCUAAUAAAAUAAAUAAAUAAUAAAAGUUCUAAAGAAAGAAACAAAAAGAGAGGAGGAAGAGGAAUAAAAACAAGACGAUUAUUAGUCAUCUUCGUGGUUGUCCUCUUUAGCUCAGUUGGCAUGGUGAUUGCAAUGUCAGGAUAUUGGGUUUGAUUCCCGGGACCACCCAUAUCUAAAAUAUAUGUUUUGGAAAUAUAUAUAUAUAUAUAUAUAUAUUCACACUGGAGAUCCACAAAGAUACCUAACACAUCAUACAGAGAUGUAUCAUCAUCAUUAAAACAGAAGUCAAACACCGUGAAAAUAUAUACGCUGCUACCACCCCCACCGCCGCCGUCGUCUCUCAAAACCAUGUGUUGACGUCUCAAGAACACGUGAUCCGAGAGACAAACUGGAAGUGCUCACUAAAGGAUGCGGCUUGGGUCCAAACGUUUAAGACAGGUCACAGUUGGAAAAGGUUUUGGAACGGAGCCAAUGAUGUCGUCCACUCUGGACAUGAUCCACAAAGAACUGACAUAAUAUAAACAUAACAUGCAACAAUUUCAACGAUUUUACUGAGUUACAGUUCAUAUGAAGGAAAUCAGUCCAUUUAAAUAAUUUACAUAAAUGUUCAGACCCAUUACUAUGAGACUCGAAAUUGAGCUCAGGUGCAUCCCGUUUCCAUUGAUCAUCCUUGAGAUGAUUGGAGUCCACCUGUGGUAAAUUCAAUUGAUUGGACAUGAUUUGGAAAGGCACACACCUGUCUAUAUAAGGUCCCACAGUUGACAAUGCAUGUCAGAGCAAAAACCAAGCCAUGAGGUCGAAGGAAUUGUCCGUAGAGCUCCGAGACAGGAUUCUGUCGAGGCAAAUAUCUGGGGAAGGGUACCAAAACAUUUCUGCAGUAUUGAAGGUCACCAAGAACACAGUAGACUCCAUCAUUCUUCCAUCAUUCUCCCCCGAUUGGCUGCCCGGCCAAUCGGGGGAGAAGGGCCUUGGUCAGGGAGGUGAUCAAGAAUCCGAUGGUCACUCUGACAGAGCUCCAGCGUUCCUCUGUGGAGAUGGGAGAACCUUCCAGAAAAACAACCAUCUGCAGCACUCCACCAAUCAGGCCUUUGUGGUAGAGUGGCCAGACAGAAACCACUCCUCAGUAAAAGGCACAUGACAGCCCGCUUGGAGUUUGCCAAAAGGCACAUAAAGACUCUCAGACCAUGAGAAACAACAUUCUCUGUUCUGAUAAAACCAAGAUUGAACUCUUUGGCCUGAAUGCCAAACGUCCUUGAUGAAAACCUGCUCCAGAGUGCUCAGGACAUCAGACUGGGGUGAAGGUUCUCCAGAAAGACAACGACCCUAAGCACACAGCCAGGACAACGAAGGAGUGGCUUCUGGACAAGUCUCUGAAUGUCCUUGAGUGGCCCAGCCAGAGCGCAGACUUGAACCCGAUCAAACAUCUCUGGAGAGACGUGAAAAUAGCUGUGCAGCAACGCUCCCCUUCAAACCUGACAGAGGUUGAGAGGAUCUACAGAGAAGAAUGGGAGAAACACCCCAAAUACAGGUGUGCCAAGCUUGUAGCUUCAUACCCUAGAAGACUCGAGGCUGUAAACGUUGCCAAAUAUGCUUCAAAGUACUGAGUAAAGGGUCUGAAUACUUAUGUAAGUGUAAUAUAAUUUUUUUAUUAAAAAAAAUAAAAAAAUAUUCUCCCCCUCAUCAGAUAUACACACAAAACCCCAUAAUGACAAAGCAACAUUUGAUCAAUUUUAUAAUAACCUUUAACCUAACAAAAAUUUGGAAAAAGUCAAGGGGUCUGAAUACUUUCCUGUACUUAUUUGAAAUGCACCCAGCGCACCUUUUAUAGAAGAGUUCAAAGCGAGACACUUCCAAAUGUUCCAGGAACAACAGCUAUUAAAGUAGCUCAUAUGCAGGCAUAUAAACACUUGUCCUUGGGGGGAAUCAUUACCCAAGAGCCCGCAGCAUAAUGUGAAGGUAGAACUUUAUACACUUGUGGUGCUAAUCAGACAGCUGUUGUUUUGGUAGCCGGAGAACUGAUGCGUGCCUGUGUGUGUUUUUGUCUGCAUGUGCGUGUGGUCUGGAGCGGGGACACAGAGGAGUCACCAGCGAGGACACAGAGGAGUCACCACACCUGAAUAAUGGAUGAUGCACGGCAUCAAAAGACCCCCCCCCCCUUUAUCCCGUCGGGCAACGCUUUGCACGUUAAAUCAGGGGACUGUCGAGUGACAUUACACGCAACGUCGGUGAAACUGUCCAGUGUAAUGUUCAAAAACCUUGUUUUACAUAAAAGGUCAACUCAGAAAGGGUUUAAGAUCGGGUCUUCCCAUCGCUCUCCAAGCAGUCCCUUUUCUGAUGUAGGCCUACCUGUGCAUCAGAGGCACAGACUUCCUGUUCUGAUGUAUGCCUACCUGUGUAUCAGAGGCACAGACUUCCUGUUCUGGUGUAUGCCUAUACUGAU